AUGGCGGUUUACAGGAGGACGCUCAGAGCUGCCACUUGGACGAACGUUAGGUUGAAGCAGGAUAUCCCAGACAUUCGUCAUGUAAUGAAGCUCGUCCACGAGGAGCUCGGUAUGGCACCAAACGGCCGCCUACUAAAUGAAGAGGGGAACACUGUUAUUUCGAAGGAGAACGAACCUAAAUGGGAAUCGUACACCUCUGCAUUAAAGGGCUGCAAAACUGAGUUCAACGAAAUCGAAGCUGAGCUACGACGUUCCGAAGUUGUAUUAAAAAAGGUCAACUCUGGCAUAAAAGAAAACGCUACCAAAGCCAGGGCGGUCAUAGCAGAGCUGAAUUCAACAAUAGGGGAAUAUACAGCUAAGUCGGUGAACUCUGAAACACUGACUGAGGAGGCUCAGACUAGAUUAAGGGAAUUCAAUGUUUUAUUGGAAAGAGCUCAGGGUAUACUCGAGGACAAUGAGGCUACAUUGUUAUCUACAGAAACGUUACUCGAGGCUAUAAAGAUUGGGUUGGAGGGAAUUGGAUAUGCGGAUAUCGAAAUUAAACCCAUUAAAAACCAGCCCGUGAAGCAGAUGUCAACACCAAGCUUCGUAACAAAUGGUUACCUGUAUCUUCAGGCUCUGUUCAACAAGUGCUGUCAAAUUGCCAGCCAAGUGAGAAACGGAGAAUACAUACAAGACGACUAUAAGUCCAAAGAUAUCAAUGGCAUCAUAGGCGACCUUGAGUGCAUAAAAUACAUCGAAGAAUCGGGGUGGCCGGGUAUCUCCGAACACAAAAAGGAUUUCUUUGGACUAUACGGAAUUUCCUUUGACGAGGCUUCCAAGGGACUAUUAAAAUUUCCUCCAGAGGCUUUGAAGACAUUCAAUAUGCUCGCCUCGGUUCGUGCAUUGCCCUUUUGGAGGCCACCUGGACCGCAGACUCGGCAAGUUAUCGAAGACCUGGCGACUGGGAUAAUCGACGACCUGUUGUCUGCUCAACAGGACGACCUGUCCACGGUUUUUAAAGAAGGAAUCACCGCAAAAAAAUUCAGUCAAUUGACAUCAACAUUUGAAGUCUCACAUCACGACGGCCCCUUCGGCAUGGACGAACAUACCAGGCUACUCCAAGCCUCAGGGAACAGCGGGCCUACAUCUGCCAAUGCAUCUACUGGAAACGAUAACGAUGAUGCCAGAAGAUCAGGCCAAGCAUGGUACCUCAAGUUCCACGAUACCAACUGGCUAGCAGAGGUGUAUAGUGUAUGGAAAGUUCCCAUCCUCGUCUAUGCGUUUGCGUUACUCGUGGACAUUGCGGACACAGUGCGAGUAACUCCAAAGACGCAGCUAUUCGAAACGAUUAUAUGCUACGGAUACUGCCCUCCACACGGCCUGAAUAGUACAAGCUUGGACAUAUCAGAAGAUCCGUGCAAGAGUAGUGAGGUGCAGGGAGAUCUCGUCGCUAUAAAGGCACGCUUGAAGGUCAUUGAGAACAUAUUUGCAUUGAUGCUUGCAAUCCCAUUUGGGAACCUAGCGAAUAAAAGAGGUCGAGUUUUUGUUCUCGUACUGGGGACCAUUGGCCAGAUUCUUUCCGAGAUAUGGAUUUUGAUAGUGAGUUUGAUGGGGGGUGGCUGGCUUCCUUUUAAUUCGAUAUACCUUUCAUCGAUAUUGAAAUCAGCCGGCGGUGGAGGGAUGGUGCUAUCGGCCAUUGGAUAUACCAUUCUCUCUGACGUUCUUCCGUCCGACCGGAGGGCACAGGCAUUCUUCUAUAUGGCGUCGGUUCAGCUCAUCACCGAAGUCAUUGCUCCUGUUCUUGGAUCUGUUCUUAUGCAAGCCUGGAGCGUGUAUGCACCUCUGGUAGCUGGAUUGGUAUUCGAGCUAGUUGGGUUUGUGGUUCUUUCCAUGAUUCCUGAUACUUCGAAACUGGCCACCCAGGAGGGAGAUAUAUCAGACGAUGACGAAACGAUCCGUGAACAUGGUGACCUCAAACCUGAGAAGUAUAGCAUAUUGGCAAGCAUAAAGACGGGAAUCAAGCAUGCUCUCGCUCCAUUUGUUCUUGUCUGGACUAUAGUCAGUGGAAGCCUCGAUAUCUUCUUCGUGACCAUUUCAUUCCUUGUGGCAACUCUCGGGCGCGAAAUCCUAGAAUUUUUGAUCCAGUAUACUUCUAAACGAUUCAGUUGGAGCCUUGCAGAGAGCGGCCGUCAACCUCGUUCUCUUCCUUAUCGUACUCCCAGCCCUGACCAGGUUUCUGAGCCAUUAUCAGCGUAUGGCGCCAGCACAAACGGACUUAUGGAUUGCUCGAGGAAGUUCGAUAUUCGGCAUUAUAGGGCCCUUGAUGAUGGGUCUUUCUCCUUCGCCUGGAUUGAUGAUCUUGUGUUGGUUUUCACCCACGUCCAAUUCAAUAUGACGUGCAAUACCUAG